AUGGAUUCGCUCAAGACACUAUUGGUAGCUAAUCGCGGCGAAAUAGCCGUUAGAGUCUUGAAGACAGCGAAGAAGUUGAAUAUUCGAACUGUUGCUGUAUAUACUCAGCCAGAUGCUGCUUCAACUCAUGUACACCUAGCUGACCACGCCGUUCUUCUCUCUGGUCACCCCUCAAAAGCGUACAUUGAUGGGGAUCAAAUAAUAGAUAUAGCCAAAAGAAAUAACGUGGAUGCUAUAAUUCCUGGAUAUGGUUUUCUGUCCGAGAAUGCAGAUUUUGCGAGAGCCGCCGCCGCUGCCGGUUUGGUUUUUGCAGGGCCUUCGCCAGAAAGCAUUGAAGCUUUUGGGCUAAAACACACUGCCCGAGAUCUUGCUACUAAAGCCGGAGUCCCCAUUGUGCCUGGUUCCACUGGUUUGGUGAAGAGUGAAGAUGAAGCUGUGGAGGUGGCCAAGAAACUGGGAUUUCCGGUCAUGCUCAAAGCCACCGCUGGCGGUGGUGGAAUGGGGCUGCUUACAUGCAAUGACGAGUCAGAAGUGCGACAAUCGUUUGCCACAGUCAGGUCUAGAGGAGAGGCCUUAUUCAAGAACGCAGGGAUGUUCAUUGAACGGUAUUAUCCUUCUAGCCACCACAUUGAGGUGCAGGUGUUUGGUAAUGGGGAUGGAAAGGCAAUCUACUUUGGUGAGCGUGAAUGCUCUAUCCAGAGAAGACAUCAAAAGGUUAUCGAAGAAUGCCCGAGCCCCUUCGUUACCAGAAACCCUGGGCUACGUGAAAAGCUGGGCGAUGCUGCUGUGCGACUAGCCGAGUCGAUAAAGUAUGGAUCGGCUGGGACAAUCGAGUAUCUAGUUGACGACGAAACAGGCGGAUUCUUCUUCCUUGAGAUGAACACGCGCCUUCAGGUUGAGCACGGAAUCACAGAACUUUGCUAUGGAGUUGAUUUAGUAGAGCUCAUGCUGAAACAGGCUGAUGCUCAAGUUUCUGGGAAAAAGGGCAUCGAGGCAUCGUUCCUGACCAGUCUAUCGUCCAAGACUCCAUCUGGAGCUGCUAUCGAGGCUCGAGUCUAUGCAGAAAAUCCCAUCAAGGACUUCGCCCCUUGCCCUGGAACACUUCAAAGCGUGGAGUGGAAGGAAUUGCCUGGUUCCAGAAUUGACACAUGGGUAUAUAGAGGAGUCAAAGUAUCUGCAAAUUAUGAUCCCCUGCUUGCAAAGGUCAUGUAUCAUUCCCCAAGCAGACAACAGACUAUCGAAGGGAUGUCGACGAUAUUAAAAGAGUCGCACAUUUGCGGCCCUCCAACAAAUCUGGAGUUCUUAGCCAAGAUACUUGCUGACGAGAGAUUCGUCGCUGGCAACACCUUGACAAAGUUCUUGGACAGCUUUGAAUUUAAUCCCUGUGCCAUUGACGUGGUAUCUGGAGGUGCCUAUACCCUCAUUGAAGACUGGCCAGGGCGUCCGACGCUUGGAAGAGGAUUCUGCCACUCUGGUCCUAUGGAUCCAUUAGCAUUUCGCAUUGCGAAUGCGCUCGUUGGCAACCCUGUUGGUCUUGAAGCUUUGGAGAUCACAUUGAGUGGACCAGAUUUACGAUUCCUUGGACCAGCGCUGGUAUCUGUCUGCGGUGCUGCCGUUGAAGCCAAACUGGAUGGCGUUGCCAUUCCAAUGUGGUCCAGAAUCAAAGUUUCUACCGGUCAACGCCUGACUAUAGGUAAAACCAUUGGAAACGGCUGUCGAGCUUAUUUGGCUGUCUUUGGUGGAUUCACAAAUGUUGCCAAGUGGUUCGGAUCCAAGUCUACCUCGCCAAUGGUUGGGGUUGGAGGAUAUCAGGGCCGGGCGCUCGCAUCCGGUGAUCUUCUGUCCAUCUCGAGCCAGCUCCCUGAUGUCAGUGGUGAACUUCGUCUGCCGGAGCACCUGAUUCCUAAGUAUCCUAAUCAUUGGGAACUGCUUGCUAUGCCUGGCCCUUAUGAUGAGGGAUACAUUGUGCCAGAUAGCAUUGACAUGCUGUAUGAAACCCACUGGAAGAUCUCGCAUAACGCAGCUAGAGGUGGUAUCCGCCUUAUUGGACCAAAACCGACAUGGGCUCGCUCAGAUGGAGGAGAAGGUGGUGCCCAUCCAUCAAACCUAAUCGAAUAUGGAUAUGCGAUAGGGUCACUCAACUGGACAGGCGACGACCCUGUGAUAUUCCCCCAAGAUGGACCGGACUUUGGUGGAUUUAUCAGUAGCCACACUAUUGUGAAGGCAGACCUGUGGAAGUUGGGACAGGUCAAAGCUGGGGAUACGCUCAAGUAUAGAGCUGUAUCUGUGGCGGAUGCAGUGGCUUCCCGCAGAACCACGGAGAAGUUUAUCAAUGAUGUCGUGCAACGUUGCUAUCAUGGAGGCGACUUCAGCAGUAUAGAACCUUUGAGAGACGACCUUCCAACAGAGCUUAAGAGUGGGAACCGCGGCAGUGGUGUAAUUCACCAGAUACAAGAGAAGGGGAAUCAACCGCUUGUUUCCUAUCGACAGGCGGGAGACGACUACCUCCUGAUUGACUACGGUAACGGAGCGUUUGAUCUGAAUCACCGUUGUAGGGUUACUGCUCUCAAGAAGGUACUGGAAGAUGGCAAAGCAGACAUAUCAUUCUCAGAUAGCUUGAUAGGGAUGGUCGGAUGUGGAAACUCUCUGAUGCUUUAUUACGACGGCCUCAAAAUACCACAAGGAAAGCUAAUCAAUUAUCUCUCCGACAUCGAGGCCAGACUCGGUGACCUCAGCAAAGCAAAAAUGCCCAGUCGUCUAUUCAAGCUCCCACUUACAUUUGAAAGCCAGAGACAAAAGGAUGCCCUAAAGCGCUACAUGGAGACCCAGCGUCCUUAUGCAACCUAUUUACCCGACAAUCUUGAGUUUGUUGCAAAGAACAACGCCUUCACGAGACAGGAGUUCGAAAACAUCUUCCUCACAGCAAGCCUUAUGGUUGUCUCUGUCGGGUUCUUCACUGCCCUUCCACUCGCCCUCCCUGUCGACCCACGACAACGAAUGAAUUGUCCAAAGAUGAACCCUAGUAGGGUUUACACCCCUGCAGGUUCUGUAUCAUGGGGUGGAAGCUGUAUGGCAUUAUACAAUGUCGACUCCCCCGGCGGAUACCAAAUGACAGGCAUGACCAUUCCAGGCGUCGACAUUCUCGGUUCCAAGAAAGGCUACAGUCCCGAACGACCAUGGCUCUUUGAAGACUUUGACCAAAUUACCUUCUACCAAGUCUCCGAAGCCGAAUACGAAAAGGAACUCGCCCUCUUCAACAGCGGUAGAUACGGGUACCAAUGGGAAGAGGUGACCUUUGAUAUGGCUGAACAUAACCGACUCCUCGACGAGACCAAGGACGAAGUAGCAGCCAUCCGAGACCGUCAGCGAAAAGUGCAAGCUGAGAUGGAUAAAGUCGAAGCAGAAUUACUUGAUCGUUGGGCGAAGGAGAAGGCCGAAAGGGGGAUUCCCAUGGAUACAAUUGAGAAUUUACUCCAAGACCCCGAAAUCCACCCCAUCGAAGCCCCAUUGAACGCCAACGUAUGGAAGGUAGAAGUGAAGCAAGGCGACAAGAUCGGAGAAGACCAAGUCGUCAUCAUUCUGGAGGCUAUGAAACUCGAGAUUGCCGUUCGGGCAGAUCCUGCCUCGGUUGGAACGACUGUCGAGAAAGUUCUGGUUCAAUCGGGUGAUUCCAUCGAGGCUGGUAAACCUUUGUUACUGACAAGAAAGAGCUCGAAAUGA